AAUUAAAUUGGGAAGGGGAAGGACGAGACUGCUCAUCAAUCACUUUGAUUUGCACCACACAAACUCCUUCUCUCUCUCUCUCUCACACACACACCGACUCCAUCUUCUUCAUUCUUAUGAUCUCUCUCUCUCUUUAACAGACACAUAUAUGUGAAAUGUUUCAGCCUUCCCUUUCUAUAAAGAGGCCUCAUUCUUAGCAUAUUCAACCUCACCCCUUCAAGCUUUCUUAAACACAAUCCUCAAGCUCUCUCUCUCUCUCUCUCUCUUGCCUCCAGAUUCCGCCGAAGAAGAAAUUGAACUUCCAUCGUCCAAAUGGCUUUUCUGAUCACUGUUUUCACUCUAUUCUCUCUUUUCUUUGGCUUUGAAGUGUAUGCGGUGCCCUAUGAUUACUCAUACACACUUGGGUGUGUGGCGAAGCCCAAGCCGCCGCAAUACUAUGGAGGAAUCGCCGUGAAUUCGGAAUUCAACGACGAACUGACGGGAUGGGCGGCAGUUGGAAACGCUACAAUAGCUACUGCCAAGUCGGCGUGCGGCAAUAGCUACGCCGUCGUUUCCAACAUUCACACGCCACGCUCCGACGGCCUUUCUCAGGCCUUCAACGUUGACAGAGACAUACUGUACACCGUUUCAGCAUGGUUCCAAGUUAGCGUGGGAGAAGUUCCGGUGCAAGUUAAGAUAGUAACGAGCACCGGCAACCAAACCGCUAACUGGAUUGUGGCAAAAGCCGGUUGCUGGACCAUGCUCAAAGGUGGCUUCCAUGUCAACGUUACUGAAACGGCUGAGCUCCAUUUUGAGACCAACUCCACUGGAUUUGAUAUGUGGGUUGAUAGCGUCUCGGUGCAGCCGUUCACUCAAGAAGAGUGGACUAGCCACCAAGCUCAGAGCCUCGAAAAGGUGCGCAAGGGGAAAGUGAGAUUUGAAGUUGUAGAUCCAUUGGAAAAUCCAGUGGCAGAUGCGGUUGUGUUGAUCAAACAACACGAGCCUCAUUUCCCCUUCGGCUGCGACAUGAACGGGUUGAUCGUGGAUAACCAAGCAUACCAGAGAUGGUUCUUGGAGAAGCGAUUCAAAUAUUCCGUUUUUGAAAACGAGCUCAAAUGGGGGGCCACCGAAAUCACCCAGGGUGUGGUGAACUACACGGUCCCGGAUGCGAUGCUGAAGUUCGCGAAAAAGCAUCGGAUCACGCUCCGGGGCCACAACAUCCUGUGGGAUGAUCCCGACUACGAGCCGUCGUGGCUGGCAACGCUGUCGCCGGUCGAGAAGCGUGAGGCUGUCCUCCAGAGAGUGAAGUCGGUGGUGAACAAGUACAAGGGGCAGUUCAUCCACUGGGAUGUCAUCAACGAGAACAUGCACUACCACUCGUUCAGCGACCUCACCAACAACGGGACUGACGCCUUCAGGCUACUGCGGCAGCUCGACCCCCAUCCCAUCCCCUUCCUCAAUGAAUUCAAUGUCAUUGAGGACUGCAGUAUCCAAUCCAAAGCCAACCCGUGGCAGUAUCUUGAGAAGAUCGACCAGCUCAGGAAAGAAGGCUACCGUGGCCCUCUAGGGAUCGGCCUCCAGGGCCAUUUCAAUCUUGAACCGAAUUUCCCCUUCAUCCGGGCGUCGAUUGAUAUGCUUCAUGCCACCGGAUUGCGCAUUUGGAUCACGGAGUUUGGUGUUAAUGCAAUAGGAAACCCGUGGCUGGUUCAAUAUGUGGAACCGCUGCUGCACGAGCUUCACGCGCACCCCUACGUCAAAGGCAUUCUAGUGUGGGGGGCCGUGGGCUCCAAUAACAGCCAGUGCUUCGACAUGUGUUGGACCGACGCCAACUACAAUAACUUGCCGGCCGGCGACGCCAUCGACAAGUUCAUGAGCAAGUUCAUCACGGUGCCGGAUACUAAUGGGAAAACUGACGGCAGCGGCACCUUUGAAGCUUCGCUCUUCCACGGGGAAUACGAGGCCACCGUUACUCUCCCUGACGGAGCUCAACCUCCCGCUCCACUGAGCUUUAAUCUUGUGCCUCACGGAGAUGUGACGGUCGUUAAGUUCAAGACUCCAUGAUGUGAAUAUAUUGUAUUACUAACUUAAUUUGCUUCCCAUUAACUUCAAGACUUUUCAUUAGCAGGAAAAUGAUGUUCUAGU